UUCAGCUGUUAGGUGCUUGGACACAAAAUAUACCAGCCAAAAUAUUAUCGGUAAAUUUUGCCUUGGUGUAAAAUGAGCCUUCAAGUUUGAAAGGCCGCUUUCAUAAUACAAAUUUUUGUGAAUGGCCUGCUUUUACGACACUAAAUUUUCUGCAAAGUGGACCCGAUUCAGGUUACUUCUUCACCAAUUUGAAAACACGGACUCCUGUAGUGUAGAUCUUUAAGAUUGAAAAUGAGUUCCGAUUUCUCUUCAAGUUUUGUGGACAUAUUAGUUACCAGUAGUAUUAACACUUUCGGCACACAACGGCGAUUUCCAAAGGACAUUCAUAUUAGUGAUUUGAAGCAAAAGUUGGAAUUGCUGACUGGAGCAUCUCCUGGAUCCAUGGAGUUAUGGUUACUUGAUGAAAAUAAUGAAUUAAUUUCCAAACUGACUGAUGACAAUGCUGUCUUUGGUUCAUAUGAUCUAACAAAUGCUAAAAAUCUUCAUGUUGUUGAUUCAUUCCUGCAAGCUGGAGAGUUUGAAGAUUUGUCUAAGGUGAAGAAAUUUGAGCUGUCUGAUGAAGACUAUAGCAAAAGAGGAGAAACUUUUAGGGCAUUCAAAGAGAAACUGAAAAUUCAGGGCAGUGAUGACAAAGAAAAUGUUGCAAAGGGAAAAAAACUAGAGGAAGAAGAGAAACUGGUUAAAACGAUGACUGUUGGUAGUCGUUGUGAAGUGCGUAGUGCUGGGAAACCAAGUCGUCGUGGUACUGUUAUGUUUGCUGGCAAAACGGAUUUUAAGCCUGGUUUUUGGGUUGGUGUGAAAUAUGAUGAACCGCUUGGGAAAAAUGAUGGCUCUGUUGCUGGCAAGAGGUAUUUUCAAUGUCAGCCUAAUUAUGGAAGCUUUGUUAAGCCUCAUGAUAUUAUAAUAGGUAAUUUCCCAGAGGAAAGUACAGAACUGGAUGAAUUAUAAGGGAAAUUAUAUGAAAGUUUUGUUAUUUUAAUGACUCACUUGGCUCACACUUAUUAUGCUGCAAAUUUUGAAAUUUAAGUUCAGUCCAUCUUUUUUUUUUUAACAAUUAAAAUUGUAUAAAAAUAGUCGGUGCACCCUUGUGACUUCGUUGAAAUUUACCAACCUGCAAUGAUUAACAUUAGCUAUCUUUGCUUUAAAAUUGUAACUUCAGUCAAGAAUUAAAUCUUUUAAUAUUUCAAUUUGCUUUUUGCAGCUGCUACUUUUCAUUAUAGUUGCCAUAAAAACUUAGUUUAGGCUCUAUUAGUGAUUUCCUACAAAUUAUCUGCAUUUUUUUUUGUUACCAUCAUAUAAAAACAGCAUCAACAGAUUAAAGAGAUUAUAAAAAUUUAUUCUUUACGUUUUUUUGUCAUAAAAGUAGCCAGUUUGUGUUCUGUCGUAACGUCCUUGAAUUUUAAUCUUUUAUGAUGUUCAAUUUUGUUCACAAUCGAAUAAUUUACCGACUAAAUUUUUUUAAUAAACUCGUAGAAAUUUAAUCUUUGCAUUUGUUAAGUUUGAUGCAAUGAGAUGGAAAUAGUUGAUUUAAACAUAGUUAAUAAAUAUCAAUCACAAGAUAUUUUUUAUUGUGUAUAUUAAAUAAAAAAUGGCAACUUUUUUAUGCAAAGGAAAGUAAUUUAUAUUGUAUGUCUGAAUUUCAGGUUAUAGUUUUUUUAUAUACAAACUUAUGAAUUUAAAGCCAGAUUGAAUACAUUUGUGAGAGUGGAUCGAAAUUGCAGUGAUUUAUAUGUUGAACCUGUUGCAGGGGCCAAAUACACUAAAACAGGGAGGGAGGCUAAUAUAGGGAUUACAUUGUUUAAAUUUGUUGUCCUACUGAAAUGAAAAUGUUCUCUAAGAAACAAAAAUUAUUUUACAUUUGUGUAAGGAUAUUUUGAAGGCAGUGAAAUGUCUCUAAAAUGACCACUUUUGAUGCUUGCUACUAUUGGUUAUUAAAGGAGGUGGUUGCUUAAUGAAUUUUGCUUUAAAUUAGUCAAUAUCGUUAAAUGUAAACACAUGCUUUAAGUGGUGUACAAACAAAGAAUUUAAUGUUCUUCAAGAAAACUAAAAAAUACUUGUUUCCAAAAAAAAAACAUAAUAAAUAAAUAAAUAAUAUAAAACUAAAAAAACAUGGUUCUUUUAUGUUUCUCUGGAAUUUUGAAAAGUCAGUGUCUAUAUGGGACUCAAAUUUAUGCUCAGUAAAUAAUUAUUGUAGAGCCAUUUGCUCUCAAAAACCUAUUUUGGAUGAAAGUACAAUUCUAAGGGUCAUCCGGAAAGUAAGGAAUGAUUAUGUAUGAAAACUUCAAUAACUGAUGUAAAAAUCCUAUAAGUAAAUCUUUGUUUACUUACUACUUGAAACUUAAGUUACUUUUCUACAUAGUCACCGUUUACAUUUAAGCACUUGUCAUAGCGUUAUACAAGUUUUUCUAUGCCUUCUGCAUACACAUUUGCCGCCAAGCUGUUGAACCAGUCAUUACAAGUUCUGCCAUAGUGCUUUUCACCCGAAAAAUCUUUCAAUUAGGGGAAUAAGUGAAAGUCACUGGGUGACUUUCAGAUGAUGUACUUAUUGACUUAUCUAAUAAAAGUUUAUACACAUGAGGCAGUGAGAAGCAAAGGGAUGUAAUUGGCAAAAUUAAAAAUUUGGAGAUAACCAGCAAAAAUGGUAGGUGACCCUCCCCUCUGUCUUGGGGAACGAUUUAGUACCAGUAGUCUUGGUAGGUUCUGUUAUGCAGCAUGAUUUAGAAGAAAAAAAAUCAAUUAAAACCUACCUAAGACCUCAUCUUUUAUUCAAAACUUUAAUAAGUCCACUUACAUCCCUUUGCUUCUCACUGCCCCGUGUGUAGAAAGAGGAUAGGAGAAAAAAAAAACGUGAAAAGCACCUGGAACAGACAGUUAAUUAGCUCACAGAGCAUAUGUUAAGUUGUUUCUUUUACUCAACUAAUUAAGCAAGAACACAUCAGAUGUUUCAGUGGGCAUCAUUGCAUCUCCACCUGUAGGCAGAACACAGAAAGCAGUAGAUGAUUAAGCUCAGUCCUUAUUUAAGUUCACAUUUUCCCACCGAGGUUUCCAAGUUAUGAUACUUGUUUCGGGUUGAAAACUAAUUUUAGUGCAAAACACUUAUAAAAAGGAUUUAAAAUGAUUUUAUAUUUCAAUGUUUUUAUGAAUUUCUUGUUGUCAGUGUUGUUACAAAUUCAUAUGUUCAGUUAUAUUUCUAAGCAGAGUUUUAUGUCAUUAAUUCUGUUGGGGGAAUUUGUUGUAAGCAUUAUCUAGACUGGGGGAUGCAUAGGGAUUCAUGGAUAAGUUAAUGAUCUAAAAGCCCGGGAGAGGGGAGGGGAGAGGGUCUUGUGUUAAAAUUUUAGAAAGUUGGGAGGCACUGGCGUUUAAGUAAAAUCGAGGGGAACAUCAUCCCCGUUUCCUCCCUUGACUACACCUCUGGUUAUGUAUGUUCAGUUGUUCUUAGUUAUAUAUUGUUUAUAUUUUCUGAAAUGGUUAUAUAUAAGCAUUGAUUGAUCAUUAUGAAGAACAUCUUAUUAAAAAUGUUUGGUGUGAAAAACAAAAAAUAAAUAAAUGAAAAAAAAGCAAUAAAAUGAACUUCUUAGUAAAUAUAUUAUUUGCAAUAUUCGUUUACAAAUAUUUAAGUUAUGAAUAGUUAUCAACAGUUUGUAAGGUCUCAUUGUUGGUGCUUAAUGACCUGAUAUUUCAUUACUUUUUUAUAUGCGUUUUAUUAUGCAAAUUUUUCAUAUUCAUAAAAUAAUUAUUGCCUUGUACUUGGUGAAGAAGCAAAUAAAUAU